CACAUCGCGAUCUUCCCUGCAACCGAAGACAAUGGAUCUGGGAGUUUGGAAGAGCGCGGGGAGGGGAAGUGAGUUGGCAUCCGAAGCCAAGCCGUGAGACCCGGGAGGAGAAAUCAGUUCUAGCCUGGUAACUAACAUGAAAAAAUGUCCUCACUAGCGUCGGGGAUGUAGCUGUAAGAAUGCGUGCGCCACGGAUCUACAGCCCUCUGCUCCUCUCUCUCCUAUCCUGUCUUUGGGAAGGAUUCUCUAAUUCUAUUCCGGACAGCGAGUCUCUUGUGACGCUCCGAGUGCAGGUGUUUGACAACAGCGACCUCUCUCCGCUGUCCGGGGCUGCAGCCCUUGUCUCUGGGAACGUCUCCUCCCUCGCCUCCGGAACUGCCGGCAACGAUGGUGUCGUCACAGUUACCUUCCCCUACCGUCCAGGGACCUGGGUUAUCGUCAUGGCGACCAAACAGGGUUUUGUCACCAACUCCGCCCCCUGGCACGCCAGCCGCAUCCCCUUGUAUGCAUCAGUCAGCCUCUACAUGCUUCCAGAGAGAACUGCCACCCUCAUGGUCUACGAGGACAUGCUGCAAGUGCUGCUGGGAGCUCCAGGAGGGCGGAGGCAGGCAUGGGUGCAGCUCCAGUGGAGGGCCCUGCCCCCCAACCUUAACUCCUCCAGGACUGAACUGAGCGCCUGCCUGACCGCCCCCCAGACCCAGGGCCAGCUGGGGGCGUUCCCCUACCCCCUGGGGCUGCAGCUCAACCACACCGGCUCUAACAGCAGCUGGGUGGAGUUGACUGCGUUAGCGGCGGUCAGUAUCAGCCUGUCCCUGAGGAACGGUUCCAGGCUGCAGGUGAGGCAGCCGGUCCACGUGUCGGUGCCCCUGCCCUCCGACUCAGCCCUCAGCUCUGCCACCAGCGCCCCUCUGUGGACGCUGCACGACACUACAGCAGGCCUGUGGAUACGCAGUGGGAGUGGCUCCAUCAGGAAGGAGGGGAAUCAGCUGAUCUGGAGCUUUGUAGCUCCUCAGCUGGGAUACUGGCUGGCUGGCUUCCCCUCCAGCACAGCGGUGACGGCUGGAGGACUGGGAGACCUCAGCUCCUACAACACCAUCUUCCUGCUCUCCAUCCUGGGCUCCAUGGCCCUGCUGGUGCUGGUGCUGCUCUGCCUACUGCUCUACUACUGCAGGAGGAGGUGCCUGAAACCACGGCGACCGCGCCGCAAGCGAGCGAGCAGCUGCCAGCGGGACCAGUGCACCUCCACCUCCCACCUCCCCCUCAUCAGCACCGCCCACCUCGACCCGCCCUCGCACCGUUACCGCGACAACCCCCACCCCGCCAAGGACAGCCAGGGACUCUACCCCCCUGUCCCCGGCCCCCCACCCCCCAACGCCCACCCCUCCCAGGCAGGGCCCGACCCCAGCAGGCCCCCGGACUACUCUGCCCCCGCCCUGGCCUCCACCCAGCCCGGGCAGCUGGUGUUCUGCCACUCCCUGGAGCAGAUGAGGGAGAGCAUGUACAGCAGCCUGGUGCCCACGCUGGUCAUCCCGGCCCACUACAUGAACCUGAGCUCAGAGCUGCCCGGCCUGGCUGGCCUGGGGGCGGGGGAGCAGGGUCUGGGGAACCAGGGAAGCCUGACCCUGCCCAGGGCCAGGCCCAGCCAGGGGGAGCAGAGCCAGGCCCAGAGGGCGGAGGGUGCGGCGCCGGUCCGGAUCCCGGUGCUGUUCAACGACUCGGCCAUGGCCCAGGUGAGCGAGGAGCUGCAGGGCCUCACGGAGAGCCAGCUACUGGAGCUGGGCAUCAAGCCCCACCCACAGGCCUGGUUCGUCUCUCUGGACGGGCAGUCCAACUCGCUGGUGCGCCACUCCUUCAUUGAGUUGGGGGCCGGGAUUGGGGCGAGGGCUGGACCAGGGGCCGGGGCGAGGGCUGGACCAGGGGCCAGAGGAGAGAGGAAGAAGGGCGACGCCGGAAGGAUCCACAGCCAGCCGCCGCAGAUCUCCUCGGAUGAGGCGUCCAGCAGACAAGCCCUGCAUGAAGGCUCUGUGACCCCUGACCCCCAGGGCCGCUCAGGGACCUUCCCUCGGCCCGGCCGCAGCAGGGACGCCAGCCUUAGGGACAGCCUCCCCUCUACCAGCCCAGAGGAGGGCCGUGAGGAGGAGGGAGACAGGAAGAGCCCGUGGCAGAAGCGAGAGGAAAGACCGUUAAUGGUGUUCAAAUAGGACCCCAGACCGCCUCUAGCCGGACCCCAGAAGGACCUAAGAUACAACUCUAACUUGACCACUGUCACACCCAGCUACGACCCUAACUUGACCACUGUAACACCCAGCUACAACCCUAAUAUGACCACAGAAUGACCUAGCUGUAGCCCUAAUAUGACAAUACCAUCCUAGAUUUAACACUUGACCACAGAAAGAUGAAUCUAUAACCCUGACCUGACCACAGAAAGAUGAAUCUAUAACCCUGACCUGACCACAGAAAGAUGAAUCUAUAACCCUGACCUGACCACACUCACCUGCAGCUCUGGAUGAAACCCAGGCGAACUCUCUCCUCCUGAGCCUCUGCCAACCCGCACCAUGGACCUGCCAUGCAUAGCUUGCAUUACUAACCAGGGAAACACGCCAUUAGACUUGCAACUUAGUAUGUAGAUGUGACAAGUAUCUCUAAUGCCGGGUUUCACUUGACACACUGAUAGUUCUUCAUUUUCAAGAUUUAAGAUGUUUUGGGGGAGAGAACGAUACAGGAACAGGAAACACUCAAAUCACAUGACUCGUGGGAUGAAAUGUAACCUGCUUUAGAAAGAGAUUAUUUUCUGCAUCCAUCUAGCAAAGUAGCUGAAGAGUUUGUGUGUGUUUGAUCCUUACACCCCUCUCCCUGAUCCCUGCACGGGGCUCCAGUUAUGCCUUCAUUUACCACAAGAUGGCAGCGUUGAUCCAAACAUGACCAUUGUUUUGCUGUGAGGAGACUAGUUGUUAGAUUGAUGCAGUUUUUAUACCUGUGAAUCCUUUACAGAUUUGACCUGAACUGUUUGCGCUUAACAAAGGAACACGUAAUCACCCAAUCAGCUGGGCUAAUGCAAAGGAAUAACCAAUCGGUGGGAGUUAUACAUUGGGGAACCAAUCAGCUGUAGCAUGUAGUCCCCUAACAGGAGAGGAGGGAGUGAUUCGUUAAACAACAAUCAAAUCAAAGUGGCCAUUGGAAACAAUUAGCCUAUGUAGGCCUACUUAGAACUACUCUUUUCAGUUUUUACACCAGAAUCAGUUAAACAAUCUUUGUUGUUGCAAUCUUUCAAUAAAAGUAUUUCG